AUGUCUCUGGAUACAAGAACAAAACCAAAAACAAGAUUGACAGUGGAGGAUUUUAUUUCAAAAUGGUGUUUCCAAUGUCUCUGGAUCCAAAAAGAAGACCAAGAACAAGAUCCAAAAACCCAGGACAACGCGGCAUGGCGGCAACAAAGACGACAGCGGGGAGGCAGCGGCGGUGGAUCUGGAGCGGCGGAUCUGGAGCGGUGGCUGAAGAUGAAGAUACAGAGGAGGCGCGAGCACUGGCGCGACGACGGGAGGAGGCGCAACGAUGGGACGAGGCGCGACGGCGGGAGGAGGCGCGACGACGGGAGGAGGCGCGACGACGGGAGGAGGCGCGACGACGGGAGGAGGCGCGACGACGGGAGGAGGCGCGACGACGGGAGGAGGCGCGACGACGGGAGGAGGCGCGACGACGGGAGGAGGCGCGACGACGGGAGGAGGCGCGACGACGGGAGGAGGCGCGACGACGGGAGGAGGCGCGACGACGGGAGGAGGCGCGACGACAGGAGGAGGCGCGACAGGAGGAGGCGCAACCGAGGAGGCCAACCCCAAGCGGCAGGCGCGACGACGAAGGGAGGAGGUAGGCAAGAACGGGAGUGCAGAGGAAGAAGACGCUUCGCAUAA